GUGGCACACGUGUGUGUAUAUGAGUGGUGCAUGUGGCACACGUGUGUGUACAUGAGUGGUGCAUGUGGCACACGUGUUGUGUGUGUACAUGAGUGGUGCAUGUGGCACACGUGUUGUGUGUGUGUGUACAUGAGUGGUGCAUGUGGCACACGUGUUGUGUGUGUACAUGAGUGUACUGUGCAUGUGUGCUCUGCGCGUGUGAGCAAAUGGUCUGCUGUGUAUGCCGUGCCCAUGAUGGUAUGUGCAUGUGUUCGCAUGUGCAUGUACGUGUGCAUGUGUCUGUGUGUCCACGUGUGCAUGUAUGCCUGUGCAUGUGUGUAUACAUGUAUGUGUCCACGUGUAUGUGUGUGUGCAUAUGCGUGCGUGUGUGUCUGUGUGCGUGUGUCUCCCAGUUCCUGGCCCUGCGCGGCACGUGGAUGCGGCCAGGGAGCCCUCCGCAGGCAGGGACGGCCCAGGCGUGAGCACUGUCUCUCCCAUGUGGCGGCAGGGCUGCACCGGCCUGGCUUUGCCUCGUGCCCCCUGGGAGUGGCCGGGAGACUCGUCCCCGCUCAGGUGGCCCCGUCCUCCCCGCGGGCCCCCAGGGUGCAGGCUCGCUCCUGACGGUGCCGUUGCCCUCGUGUGGUCACGCGUGUUCCUGGAAGCAGGCCAGAGCCAGCUGGGCUGCAGGAAACAAACUUUAGAUUCUCUCCUGACGCGUUUAAAGUACUAGCCCUGUGGACACGCGUGACCAGACGGGCCCUCGGUGCGGAAUGCAGAAAGCCAGGAAAACCGAGACACCUGCAAAGUCUGGAUGGCUCCCGGGGCAGGGCGGAGGAGGGGCGGUCUGGCCACUGGCCGUGAGGACCGUCCAUCUCCGGGAGGGCACUCGGUGCCCAGACCUGCAGCAUGGGGCAGUGAAACCUGAUCAGAAAGUGAAGCAAUAAAAAUAAGCGGGAGCCACUAGGUGGCCCACCAUGGAGCCCAUCUCCCCGCUCCUGCUGGCCGGCCUUGGCUUGCCGCUCGCCAGGGCCCUCGGCGGGAACGAGACCAGCACGGCCAACGGCAGCUGGACCCCCGGCACCUCAGGCCCCCCGGAGCCCGGCGCCCCCCUGCCGCCGCUGGCCUGGCUGCUGCUGCCGCUGCUGCUGUGUGCCCUGGCACUGCCCCCCGCCGCCUACUGCUGCAGGUUCCGGAAGCACAGGAAGGCCGUGGUCAGCGCCGGCGACAAGAAGCUGCCCAACGGGAUCCUGGAGGAGCAGGAGCAGCAGCGGGUGCUGCUCCUCAGCAGCUCCCCAUCGGGGCCCAGGAAGUACUUCCCCAUCCCGCUGGGGCUCCUGGAGGAGGAGAUCCGCCUGCGCUCCGCCGACGACGGCAAGCUCUUCCGCGAGGAGUUCAACUCGCUGCCAUCGGGACACAUGCAGGGGACGUUUGACGUGGCCAACAGAGAGGAGAACCGAGAGAAAAACCGAUACCCCAACAUCCUUCCCAAUGACCUCUCCAGGGUGGUCCUCAGCCCGGUGGACGGGGUCCCUGGCUCCGACUACAUCAACGCCUCCUACAUCGACGGUUAUAAGGAGAAGAAUAAGUUCAUCGCCGCCCAAGGCCCCAAGCAGGACACGGUCAGUGAGUUCUGGAGGAUGGUCUGGGAGCAGAAGUCGGCCACCAUCGUGAUGCUGACGAGCCUGAAGGAGCGGAAAGAGGAGAAAUGCUUCCAGUACUGGCCUGACCAGGGCUGCUGGACCUACGGCCACGUCCGGGUGUGCGUGGAGGACUGCGUGACGCUGGUGGACUACACCGUCCGCAAGUUCUGCAUCCAGUCGCAGCUCCCCGGCAGCUGCAAAGCCCCCCGCCUGGUGUCCCAGCUGCACUUCACCAGCUGGCCUGACUUCGGGGUGCCCUUCACCCCCAUCGGGAUGCUCAAGUUCCUGAGGAAGGUCAAGGCGCUCAACCCCGCGCACGCCGGGCCCAUCGUGGUGCACUGCAGCGCGGGCGUGGGCCGGACGGGCACCUUCAUCGUCAUCGACGCCAUGAUGGACAUGAUGCUCGCCGAGCAGAAAGUGGACGUCUUCGAGUUCGUGUCGAGGAUCCGUAACCAGCGCCCACAGAUGGUGCAGACGGACAUGCAGUACACCUUCAUCUACCAGGCCCUGCUGGAGUUCUACCUGUACGGGGACACGGAGAUGGACGUGUCCUCCCUGGAGAAGCACCUGCAGGCCCUGCACAGCCCCGCCCCGGCCCGCGACAGGCUGGGGCUGGAGGAGGAGUUCCGGAAACUGACCAAUGUGCGGAUCAUGAAGGAGAACAUGCGCACGGGGAACCUGCCGGCCAACAUGAAGAAGGCCAGGGUGAUCCAGAUCAUCCCCUAUGACUUCAACCGCGUCAUCCUGUCCAUGAAGCGGGGCCAGGAGUACACGGACUACAUCAACGCCUCCUUCAUCGACGGCUACCGGCAGAAGGACCACUUCAUCGCCACGCAGGGCCCGCUGGCGCACACGGUGGAGGACUUCUGGAGGAUGGUGUGGGAGUGGAAGUGCCACACGAUCGUCAUGCUCACGGAGGUGCAGGAGCGAGAGCAGGACAAAUGCUACCAGUACUGGCCCUCAGAGGGCUCGGUCACCCACGGCGAGGUCACCAUCGAGACCAGGAGCGACACACUCUCGGAAGGCAUCAGCGUGCGGGACUUCCUGGUCACGUGCAAGCAGCCUCCCGGCCGCCAGGAGGAGCAGCCGCGCCUGGUCCGCCAGUUCCACUUCCACGGCUGGCCAGAGAUCGGGGUGCCCGCCGAGGGCAGGGGCAUGAUCGACCUCAUCGCGGCCGUGCAGAAGCAGCAGCAGCAGACGGGGAACCACCCCAUCACCGUGCACUGCAGCGCGGGCGCCGGGCGCACGGGGACCUUCAUCGCGCUCAGCAACAUCCUGGAGCGGGUGAAGGCCGAGGGGCUGCUGGACGUGUUCCAGGCGGUGAAGAGCCUGCGGCUGCAGCGGCCACACAUGGUGCAGACCCUGGAACAGUAUGAAUUCUGCUACAAAGUGGUACAAGACUUUAUCGAUAUAUUUUCUGAUUAUGCUAAUUUCAAAUGAAACUCCUGCCUUAAACUAUUUUUUAAUUUAAUGGUCAGUAUAUUUUGUAAAAAUCAUGUUAAUUUAUUUCAUGGUUCACAUUAAUAUCUCCCUAAUUUCCUUGUAUAUAUUUUGUUAUGUGUCUAAGGCCACGUGCUGUAAUGUUAUUAAACCCCAAAUGCCCCCUCUCAAGAACUGGAAUAACAUAUUAAGGUCACGUAAAUCCCAUAAGCCAAAUAUUUCUGCUAACAUCAGUAAAUAUUUGUAAUUUUUCCGUUAGAUUCCUAUCCUUGAGUUUCACACUUUGGACACCUCUAAGUGUUAGCGGUUUUAAGGCUCCCCAGUGCGAGGGUGCAAGAAACUGCCGGGCGACUCCAAUACUGAGGAAGCAGCCAGGACCGAGGAGUGAUGCCGGCCCCUUUGCUGGCGCUGCUCUCGCCGGCCGCCUGCAAGGCCCCGUCCUGGGGACUGGGAAGCCGGCAGCGGGGAGAGUUCCCGUGCCCCCCCGCUCCGGUUGAGCGUCACACCUUAAAGAGCAAAGUCUUUGUCGGUGGAGUGCGGGCCUGGGUUGAUUCUCCCCCGGGCCCCGGGCUGUGUCUGGGCCCCAGGGGCUGGGUAGGAAGAUGCUGGUGGCCGGGGCCUCUGUGCCGCCAGGCCAGCCCUGAGCCCAGUGGCCCCUCCGGCAUGCCUGAACCCCUCCGAGACAGCCCCGCCCUGACGCCCGGGGGGAGCACACUUUGUUCCAGGAUGCAUUUUGGUAUUUAAAACUCUCUUGUAAAAACUGUUUGUAAGAAAGGAAAUCUUUUUUUAAAAAAAAAAAAUCUAUAGAUUUAUACCGUUUUUUUUUUAAAGUUCCUCCUUCUCGAUGUUUAGUGAAAGAAGAGGGUCCUUCGCGGAAGGGUAACUUAUUUUUGAAUGAAAAUGCUGCUGAGACGGUUGACACUGGACAGCGAUGGCCACUGCCGGCAGGACUGGCCGCGCACGGGGAGGCGGGUGGGGGCGGGAGGCCUGAGCUCAGUCCCAGGGACGUGUGCAGGGCCCUGGCAGCCCCGGCCAGCGCGAGACGACCAGCCCGGGCCUCACUGCACACGGCUCUGAGCACUCGAAGGCGGUGUGGACAGCAGCUCGUCGGCUCUGCCCGGGGCCCGUGGCCCGCUGCAAGGACGAAGCACCAGCUCGCGGCGUCCAGCUCGCGCCCCACCCCCUCCCUGCGCCAGGUCCCCGGCCCGGGUCCCGGAGGCCGGGGGCGAGGCUGGUCAGCGGCCCACCGUCCCUUCUGUGUUCCCCCUGUUCCGGUCCCAAGCCAGAGCCUUUCUUUGACCAAAGGGGAGCGACAGCUUUGGCCCCACCAGAACCUGCUGGUUCUGUGGGUUGGAGGUGCCGGGUGGAGGCCGUGGUCUGGGUCCAGGCGGAGGUGCCUUAACCGCAGUCCUGGCCGCCCGGGGGAUGAACCUUGUCUCUCCGAGGCCCUCGGGUGCCCCGAAGAAGUGCCCGGCUGUGUGGUCAUCUGCCCCCCUGGGCUGUCCCCAGGGAUGCUGGCCGCUGGUCCCGUCCUUCUUGUUCUAGAACCUUCCUGCCCCAGUCCAAGGCAGCAGUUGCCUUUGGGGAGUGGAGGGUUCCCGGUCACUGAAAGGCCCAGGCUGUCCCGGGGGACACCGGAGACUCGAGUCCCUCUGUGUCCCGCUGGGAGCAGGUUUCUCUCCCCGCUGGCCCAGGGACACGCGUUGCCCGCCUGCGCGGCGCCAUGCCCACAGCAGUCUCCCCGGACGCCCACGUGACCAGCAGGCCCCACGCCGUGACCGUCUCCCGUGCUGUCUGCAGAGGGCGCACACCGCCGUCCUCGAAGGGGCUUGUACGUGUGUUUAAAAACUUUCCAAAUGAGCCUGAGCCCGCGGGCGCCCCCGGAGACGCCCCGUCUUCCCCGUCUUCUCUCCACGCCGUCCGGCCGCGAGCCCCGUGUCCCGCCCCCACCCCAUGUGCGUCACGCGCAGGCGGCCCCGGUCACCCACGCGUGUCCUCCUCCCGGCCACGACUUCCUCCUCACGGGGACAGUUCCAUCUUGCUCUGGUGACUGCAGGGGAAUGUCGUGGAUUCUUUGUAUACGCCGAUCGCAAGAUCCGGAACCUUCCGAUGCGGGGAUAAAUCUUGCCAUCUUUGAGUCUC